GAGGAAAUGAAAAAAGAGAAGACUUUAUAAGAAAUCAGAAAAUCAAUAAUUUGAGCAAAACCAUAAACAGCACACGAGUACAGCUCCACAGCCCAUCAUCAACAACAGCAAACCCAAAAAAUUGUGUUCUCUACUUCCCUUUUUUUGCCUCUUAACCCCCCAUCCCAAUUCACACACCUUUCGCUUUCUCUCUCUAGUUUAUCUCACUCCCGGGGCCGAUUUCUAGAGUUUUGCUCUCAAUCUCCACGGCCCUUUUCUGCUUUAAUUAUUUUCUGCAUCAGAAUUCAAACAAGCUGUUUACUUUAAUUUUUCAUCAAUGGCCCAUGACUCGUGCGCUCUCUGCUUCAGUACUCGUACAUGUAGAGUUCUCUAGUUUAUAUAUUUGUGCACAGUUCUAUAGCGAUAGAGCUCCGCGUGUUGCCUCUUUUGAUGCUUUUUGGUGAGCGGUUGUUGAUGAAUGAUGUUAACCAGUUCUUUUAGAUCGCAGCCCAGAUCUUGAACGUGCUGAUCUGUGCUCAAUAGUAGGGAAUUUUGUGAAAUAAGGAGAAAGGGGGAAGAUGAGAUGGUAAUUCCUUCACUGGAAAAGUGUUUGCACAUUGGCAGUGCGGAUUUAAAGUCGGUUCAUAGGUCCUCCAUGAAUCAUAUGUAGCUAGUAGAAUCAGUCUGAUGAUUGUUUUGCUACUAUUUCUUUACUCCCAUUACCAUUUAUGAUGUGCCUCCAGUUGUGAAGCAUUUGAUUGUUUGUUCACGGGAGUUUAGUUCACUUGAAGAAUAUUGUGACCGUUUUGCACUUAGUGAUGAUAAAGAAUAUUCUCAAUAAGCUUCCACGGAAACAUAGCAAGUUAGCGGACAAUCGUGAUGGAGGAUCCUCUACUUACACUUCAAAUGCUUCAGCUACUUCAAGAAAUGCUUAUGCUGCAGGUUCCCGGUCAGGCAAUACUAAUCAUGCAGCUGUUCCUGGGAUUAAUACAACUUCAAAUUCCAUGCCAAAUUAUGGAAAUAACCCACUAAGUACUAAGGUUAAUGGGAAUGCAGGAUAUGUUCCGUAUGAGGCUUUGCCUAGCUUCAAAGAUGUCCCAAAUUCUGAGAAACAAAGCUUGUUUAUCAGAAAGUUGAAUAUGUGUUGUGUUAUAUUUGACUUCACUGACCCUACGAAGAAUUUGAAGGAAAAGGACAUCAAGCGCCAGACAUUAGUGGAGCUUGUUGACUAUGUCGCUUCAGCAAAUCAGAAAUUCACAGAAACUGCCAUGCAAGAGAUUGUGAAAAUGGUAUCUGUAAAUUUAUUCCGUACGCUCUCCACGCAGCCUCGUGAAAACAAGAUCUUGGAAGCCUUUGAUUUAGAAGAAGAGGAGCCCUUGAUGGAUCCUGCUUGGCCUCAUUUGCAAGUUGUGUAUGAAUUUCUUCUGAGGUUUGUGGCUUCACCAGAGACAGAUGCAAAGCUAGCGAAGCGUUACAUUGAUCACUCUUUUGUUCUGAGGUUAUUAGAUCUCUUCGACUCAGAAGAUCCUAGAGAAAGGGACUAUUUAAAGACUGUGCUGCAUCGGAUAUAUGGAAAGUUCAUGGUUCAUCGCCCCUUCGUCAGAAAAGCUAUCAAUAAUAUAUUCUACCACUUCAUAUUUGAAACAGAGAAGCAUAAUGGGAUUGCUGAGCUGUUGGAAAUUCUGGGUAGCAUUAUAAAUGGUUUUGCACUGCCUUUGAAAGAAGAGCACAAGCUUUUCCUUGUUCGGGCACUCAUUCCUCUUCACAAGCCAAAGUGCAUCCCCAUGUACCAUCAGCAGCUAUCUUACUGCAUAACACAGUUUGUGGAGAAGGACUGCAAACUUGCUGAUACUGUCAUAAGAGGCUUACUGAAGUAUUGGCCAAUCACAAACAGUUCAAAGGAGGUGAUGUUCUUGGGUGAGCUAGAGGAAGUGUUGGAAGCGACUCAGCCUCCAGAGUUUCAGCGUUGUAUGGUUCCUCUCUUCCGCCAGAUUGCUCGUUGCCUGAGCAGUUCACAUUUUCAGGUUGCAGAAAGGGCUCUCUUCUUAUGGAACAAUGAUCAUAUCGAAAACCUGAUCAAGCAAAAUCGUAAAGUUAUCCUGCCGAUUAUCUUCCCUGCAUUGGAGAGGAAUGCAAGAAGUCACUGGAACCAGGCAGUACAGAGCUUGACACUGAAUGUCCGGAAAAUCUUCUCGGAUGCAGAUCCCGAACUCUUUGAGGAGUGUCUGCUCAAGUUCCAAGAAGACGAGGCACAAGAAGAAGAAAAUAAGAGGAAGCGGGAAGCAACAUGGAAGCGUCUGGAGGAAAUAGCCGCAAUGAGAGCUGCCAGUAAUGAACCAGUGCUCGUUUCUCCCAGGACUAGCACAAAGAUGUCAUCUGGCUAAAGAUAAAUGAGGCUUAAGUUUUUUCUGAGCUUGACUUGCUAUUUUGUGUUGCUGACCACUGAUGGGGUCGAUGGUUUCGGAGAUGGAGCUGCAACAAUGAAACUGCAUCUUUGCUUCGCGUUUUUUAUCCCAUCGGGUUGUGCAAGGACUAUGCGAGGUACGUUUGAGACCUUGUUUUGAUUGUAAGAAAUAGUGAAUGUACAUAUAGAAUUGUGGUUGGCCAAGUGCAGAUGGUUUUAGAAUCUUCAUGGAGGAAAUUUGCUGGGAAAAUGGCCUUUCUUUCUUCAUCUUUAGCUCUUAGAAAUGUUGUUAAAGUUAACGGUCAUAUUUUGAUGUCUGUCUAGGGAUUUUUGAACUGGUUUUCAGUUUAUGUACUCUCAUCUGCAAUUAUAUAUAUAUGCAUCAUCAUAUUAAUCGUA